GACAGGUUGUGGUGGGGGCUCACCGAGGCUCCACCUCCUGUUGAAGCUCUCAGCUCUCUCUCUCUGCGCCUCUCUCACUCUUUCAGUUGCGCAAACAACCUGCCCGUACGACGGUUUCUGUCUAGACGCCCUACUUGCGUCUCGCUUCUUAACUUCUCACCAUGAGUAUCGUGGCCUCAGAGAGCGUGUUUUUGUCCGCUUUACAGCCCAACACCUUGGUCACCACCUAUGGACUCCCGUCUGACAUCCAACUCGGGCACGGCGGUACCAUGUCGAACGAGAUGACCAAAGCGCAGCGCGUGCACCAGCAGGUCCAGAUGAGACUGGCGCAGAAGACCACACUUCCGCGUCAGAAUGGAUCAUCCUCACACUACGCCAAGUCAGAUUACGGCGGUUCUUCGGCAAUGAAAUAUCAGACCUAUAGUCCAAACUACAGCUCUAAAUCGUCCUAUAUGUACUCAGGCGCCAGAACAAUGGGUCCACGCAUAACCCAGAAGUCAGCCUUCAGCGCUCAAUCUGCCGGCCCAGACCUGGCCCAGUUGCACAGGAUCAGUGUUGGUGGUGGUGGUGGUGGUGGUGGCGGUUUUUACCGAGAUGAUAUACACAUGGGCAGCUACCAAGGGACUGCCAGUCAACCACGCCGAAUGGACCAAGAGACCCUCACCAUGCACGCAGUGCAGCACGCACCACAGAUGCAUUCCUUUGUGGUGGAUAACAGCGACGCUGGCAGCAUGGACUUUGACCGUGAUGCCACCUACGGCCGCCAGUAUGCGCAAAGCGCAGUCAACGGCUACACCUCCCAAAUGAGGCAAGGAGGAGGGUACUCGACCUUUCCAUUACCCAUGAGCCGAUCUCUUAGUGGCACUCUUUCCCGCACCGGAGGGAUGAUGGGAGGAGAGGCGGAGAUGGUCCAGCAGCAGCAGCAGCAGCAGCAGCAGCAGCAUUCUUACAAAGGCCCAGCCCACCGCACCAUCAGCAGGAUUACACAACGCAACCGGAUGAGCACAGGUUCCUUUUCUGGGCAGCAGGCCUCCUCAGGUGGGAGCAGCUAUGGUGGAAGUGGGGACAGAGUGGACCGAGGAUUCAUCACAACCGGAGUACCCCAGGGGAACAUGAUGCAGCGGCCGGGCACCAUAUCUCGUGCCAUGUCAAUCAAAAGCAUGCACAGUGUGGGCAGGGGCAUGGACAUCUACGGCGGGCAGAUGGAGAUGGGAGCCAGCAUGGGCAACCUCAGCGGGAUCAACUCCUUGGACAUGGCCUCAGCAGUGCAAAACCUGAGAGAGUCCGACCUUGACCUGCAGGUCCUGGGUGCUGCCUACAUUCAACAUGAGUGCUACAAUGACACCGAUGCCAAAAACGAGGUGCGUCAAUUGAAGGGCAUUGGUGAGCUAGUGAAGCUGUUCAACUCCGAAAACCAGGAAGUGCAGCGUUACGCCACUGGCGCAACACGCAACCUCAUCUAUGAGAAUAUGGACAACAAGGUGGCUCUGAUCGAGGAGGGCGGCAUCCCACAGCUGGUCGAAGCACUGAAGGAGAAAGACGAAGAGCUCAACAAAAACAUCACUGGUAUCUUGUGGAACCUUUCAUCUAAAGACAAUCUGAAAGAGAAACUGGCCAGGGAGACGCUUCCUGAGCUGACUGACAAGAUCCUCAUCCCUCUGUCAGGCAGUGGAACCGACGGCUUCCAGCAGUCGGCGUCGGAGGCAGACAUCUUCUACAACACCACAGGAUGCCUAAGGAAUAUGAGCUCUGUGAACAAGAAGACCCGUCAGCAGAUGAGAGAAACACCCGGACUGGUGGACUCUUUGGUCAGCUACAUUAAGACCUCCAUUGAUGACAGCAAGGCAGAAGACAAGGGGGUGGAAAAUGCUGUGUGUGUCUUGAGAAACCUCUCCUACCAGCUCUACAGUGAGAUGCCGCCAUCUGCUUUGAUGCGCCUGGAAGGACCAACCAGAGCUCAGGCCUCAGGAAAUGGCGACGCCAUUGGUUGCUUUACACCUCAGAGCAGGAAAGCCAAAAAUAGCAAGAACCAGGAUCUCUCCACUUUCACCGAGGUCGCUCGGGUGCCAAAAGGCAUGGAGUGGCUGUGGCAUCCACAGAUUGUGGGAGUGUACAACAGUGUGCUGCGCGAGUGUGAAAUCAACGCCACCACCCGCGAGGCAGCUGCAGGAGCGCUGCAGAACAUCACAGCUGGAGACAAUAGGUGGGCGUCAGUGCUGAGCCGGGUGUCUCUGGAGCAGGAGCGCAUGCUGCCAGUGCUGCUGGACCUCAUGCGUACCAACAAUGACCUGGAGCUGCGUUCUCUCACAGGCUUCUUACGAAAUCUGUCCCGCCAUGCCAGGGAUAAGAAUGACAUGGCCACAAAGGUGGUGAACAACAUGGUGACCAAGCUGCCUGAAAAUGGACAACAGAAGGAGCCCUCCAGCGACGUGGUGGUCAACAUCUGUGGCGUUCUCAAUAACUUGGUGACCGGCAGCUUUUUCGCUGCAAGAGACAUCAGCUUCUUUGACGGCCUUCCAAAACUGGUUGGCAUCAAGACCUUGCAUGACAGCAGCUCUGGGAAGGCGAAAGCAGCGAAAGCAGCAGCCACAGUUCUCAGCAACAUGUUCCAGUACAAGAAACUACACAAAAAAUACAAAGAGAAAGGGUAUACAAGACUGGAUUUUGCCGAUAUGUUGAUCUAAAUCAAAAGUAACUCGGCACAAGUUCACUUCUCCAACAGUGAUGAGGCCUGCACUCCACCAGCCCUCUGUGUAGUAAAUAGACUGUUUAUAUUAUUCGAAGAGAAGUUCUGUUUUUAUCUGCCAUACGUUGUGAUGAGAACAUAGUAACACAAGUGAUGGGGGAUCUACCCGAUGGAAAAGGACUUCCUGUGUAUUUUUAAAACUCGACAGACAGUUCAAGAAAUGUGGAUCUGGUACGAUGGACUAUUGAUGGACUCUGAUACAAAUGUGUGCACUUUAACCUUUUACUCUCUUUGUUUGAACACUGUAUGUUUUGGUGUGGAAUCAGGGAUUUCUUUUCUGUCAGAGCAACAUGUAUUCAGAUGAAACUGCAGCUGUUUGUGUUUCUGCUGUUUUUGAAAAACUGGAUGGACCACAUGAUGGACACUUGUGCCUUUUUAUCUUCUCACUGUUGCACAACAUGAACGCAUGAAUACAAGUGUGGUACUAACAUGGCACUUUUGUAAAUAUCGCUUCUUCUUUUACACAGAAAUCAAAUGUUUUAUAUGUUGUACCCAUGUACUUUGUAUUUGUUGUUUUCAGAUAGAUAAAUGUGUUUUAUAAAUGAGUCAAAAUGAUAAAAGUUCUAAUUGAAUGUAAAGCCACGAGAGAUUAAUAAAAAUGUGGAUGUUAAUAAUUUAGAUUCAGACAUCUAGGGAUAAUGAUGGUCAAAAGUUUGCUUUUGUAUUUAGUUGAUGCGCUUUUUAAUCUUGCAAAAUCUCAGUCUUGUCAUACAUUUGUCAUUGCUUUGUCAACCCAUGGAGUACUAUUAUGUCUGUUUAAUAUUUAGUUUUAUCAGGCCAUCAAACCUGCUGUUUGUCUACUUUGAUCAGUGGUGAGUGUGAAAAGAAUACAGUCCUAACUAAAUACAAAUACAAUAUUUGUUUUGUAUUUUUGGAAAAUCUCAAUUCUCAUUCAGACCCCAUUGAAACGUCUUUAGAUUGGCAAGCAUAAUUAUAUUUGUGUAACUUCUAAGUAUUCUUACAAAAAGUUAGAAACUUAAAAUGAUGAGGCAUAAAUGGUGACCUUUUGUUUGUGUGGCUUCUGACUGUUUAAUAUUUGCUUUUGUGUUGUGUACAGGCAGAUGUGUCAUCUGGAUAUUUCUCAGCUAAUAAAGAAACACAUUUGGAA